AUGGAGCUCGAAGACGGAUCAAAUCUCCUCACCAUCGGCGCUCUCGGAAAUGACUCGAUCGUUAUCAAGUCGGAUUUCUUCAAAAACGAAAGAAUACUGAAAGCGAAUAUUCUGAGUUCAAAUUGGACACAUGUCGAAAUCAACUUCAGCGCGAAUAAAACCAAUCUCGAAAUUCGAGCAUCGUCAGAAUCGAUAAAAGAAGAAAUCAAGGAAGAAUUUCUUUUGCUCGAAAAUCAGACGCUCAAGAUUUUGAAACUAGAUCAAUUCACCUUCAUCAAGAAAUUUUCCUUCUUCAAGACGAAUCAGAUGGAGAGUCCAAAAAACAGUAUACUCGUGGUUCUCGAAGAUUUGCGACUCGUGUACUCAAUCUCCGAAGAUGGAAAAAUCAACAAAAAAGCAAGCGUUUUCGCGGGACGCAAUGACUAUGCCCAGUACGCGCAAUUUGCCCUGGUAAAGAAUCAGCUCCAUAUUUUCGGAGGACAAUCGGACAUGAAAAAAAUUGCGCGGCUUGAAGGAUGCGUUUUUAAAGAACUUGCUGCGCGGUUGAAUUCGUACUACGCGUGGGGAAGCGCUGCUGUGGCUCUCGAUGGUGGUAACAAAGCGCUAAUUUGCUUCGACUACUCCCGCGGGGACUCGAAAAAUUGCGACCUCUUCGACGGCGAGCAGUCCUUGCGAAGCUUCAAAACAGUUUACCAGCAUUGGUGGGCGAAACUAGCACUCUACAAAGGACAAGCCACGUCGGUCGGAAGCUACUACAAAGAAGGCCAGAAAAAAGUGGAAACUUUGGGGACUGACGGCUGGACGUUUCUUCCCGACGCGCCAAUGGCGACUUGGAGUCAUACGUUACUUGGGCUGCCUUCUGGCGCGCUCUUUGUGAUCGGAGGAUACGACGAAGACCCAAAUAUUAAAGGGCUUACGAAUAAGAUCUGGAAGCUGAAGGACAAUGUCUGGUUCGAGGCGGGAAAAAUGGAAAAGAGCAUCUCGAAAGGUUCUGCAAUCUUGACUGAAAACUCGAUUUUUGUCUUUCCGGGCGACGAUUCGGGAUCAGACGAACAUCCAAUUCAACGGAUCGAUCUCGAGGAUGAAGCUGUUGCUUCCACUACUGUGAUUGGAAACAAUCCUGGCUAUCGCGUUUCUCCUGUGUUGUUUCAUACAGUUGCUGGCCAGUGCGUUACUGCUUGA